AUGGAGAGGCAAACCCUAGCUCCAUCAUCUUCUUCGUCAUCUUCAUCGAGUCCACCAACAGAAGAUGCUUGGGUUAAUACAUACCAAAGAUUACUACCUCAGUUGCAGUCUCUCACUCUCCCUCACAAGUCGAUCAUCCCGAUUUCGAUAUCUAGAGUUAACCAGGUCGAUGCAGCAAGACUGGACAUUGAAAUGUCUGCUAUGUUGAAGGAACAGUUGGUUAAGGUCUUUUCUUUAAUGAAGCCAGGAUUGUUAUUUCAAUAUGAACCAGAACUUGAUGCUUUCCUUGAGUUUCUCAUCUGGAGAUUCUCGAUUUGGGUUGAUAAACCUACUCCGGGAAAUGCACUUAUGAACUUGAGAUAUAGAGACGAACGUGCUAUUGAAGCAAGAGGAAAAGGUAACCAACUCUGGACCAGCCUAUAUGCUACUUGUUGGCUGAUGCUUCCAAUAAUUGCUGUGAUUAUCAGUGCAUUAAUCACACACUUAAGUUUAAGUUAA